ACACAGAAUGGUACACAUACAUUUAUCAGCUCUUGUCAUCUACGGCUUGUGUCUGACCCCUGUUGUGUCUGCCUCUCCUCUGCCCUCAGUGGUAGCCCAACCUGGAGAUAAUGUCACUUUUCACUGCACGGAUGUCACUGGUGCUCCAGGACAUGUUGGCUGGUUCAAGCAAGACAACGGCUCAGAGCCUCUAUGCAUCGCGUCUAUGUACAGCUCUGAGCCAACUGUCCAACAUCACAAUGGUUUUCAGCCCAGCCAUAUGGAAAUGUUCAUCAGCCAUAGAAUAAUCUUCCUCAAAAUCACAGAGGUGGAUGAAGCUGAUUCUGGUGUUUACUGCUGUGGAAUGUUUGAUAAAUACAUCUUCUUCACCAAUGCGACUGUUCUGAAGGUCCAAGGUCACAACAUUUCCGAAAAGGACCUUACAGAGAACUGUGAAGAAGGAAUGUACCUCAUUCCAUUGGUUGUGAUCCUGGGUGUUGUAACUGCGACACUACCUGUAGUCUUCCUCAUCCUGGUCCUCAAGAUUAGACGAGACACAAAAAGACACAACACAGGAACUGAUUCUCAACGACAACCACAAUUUGAUCAGAUACAAGAUCCAGAUACAUUGAAUUAUGCCGCCCUGAAUUUCACCUCCAAGAAGAGGAAGAUGGAGAGGAGAAGAGAGAAGGAGCUGGACCCCCAUGUAGUGUAUGCUGCUACAAGAUGAUAAAGUGGAGGAGGAUGAAAGAGGAGGACAAUUGGUUGGCCAAAUCUUUGAAUAUAAGUUCAAAUCUUGCUAUAUUGUAUCUGUAUAGUUAAAUUAAAUGUAUUGAAAUCUAAAUGAAUCUCUGCAGUGUAUGAUUAAGCUAUAAGGCCUGAUGGGGUGUGUGAUAUGGCCAAUAUACCCCAGCUCAGGGCUGUUCUUACGCACGACGCAACGCGGAGUGCCUGGAUAUGGCCCUUAAACGUGGUAAAUUGGCCAUAUACCACAAUCCCCA